AUGCGCUAUCUGCUCGCAGUGGCCACCUUUUCUUGGCAAGGCUACGAUAUCUGGUACAGACUCGCGUACAUUGGCGCCAUACUGAGCUACGGUGUGGUUAUUUAUAAGAGCAUUGGUGUGCCACGGACAGAUAAGGCAUACGUACAGCGCGUGCUCAUGGACGAAAAUGUACAGUAUCUCGUGAUUGCGAUGUACUGGGCGUACAUCCGACCCAUUUCCAUCACCUUGAUUCCCUAUAUCACGUUUUCUCUUUUCCAUCUAUUGACCUUUACGCGAACAACCAUCCUUCCUACCAUUUCUCCCGCAAAAAAGAACGCGGAUGGGACGAGCACGCCCGCAGGUGGACAGCUGUCCAAGACGAUCCAGACCUGGGUCAAGGAGAACUACGACCGUGCAAUGCGCUUUGUGUCCUACGCCGAGGUCGUUAUAUUUAUGCGUGUCCUCAUCGGUGCACUUGUAUUCCGCAACUCGCUGCUCGCACCUCUCUUGUAUGCACACUUUUUGCGCCUGCGUUUCUACAUGAGCAGCUUCACCCGCGCCGCAUUCCAGCAUGUGCGUGGCGAGUUGGAUCAGAUUACGCAAAGCCCCUCGUGUCCCCCGCCCGUGCGCAAGGGCUAUUUGAUGCUCACCGAUUUGGUGACGCGCUACGCAAGCACUGUGUUGAGCAUUAACAAGGAGCAACCUGCCGCACGGCCUGUGCCGCAGUCGAGCACACCGGCCGACCCAACCAAGGUCAAGACGCGCUGA